UAAACGUAUUUGAAACUUGAAAAAAGCUUUGUCCUUAUGAGUUUAAGAUAUUUAGUCAGUUGCUGCAAGGCUGCAAUAGUCUUAAUCACAGUUAUCUAAACUUUAUUCCUAAACUCUCGAGCAGGGCAGUCUGAAAUGAAAAGCCAUUUGUUGCUGUGUUGAAUAAACAAAAGGGGGAUUGUUUUCUUUAACCCUGAACCCCUGCUGCUUCUGUUUACAUGGCCUGAACAGUUUUCGUUUCAAGUCCAGGUGCCAAAUACUUUAUCUCCCACAUGAAAGAUGAUUGAUGCAAUGAUAGCUGCUCCAAAGUGCCUUGACCCCCUUAAAACCUCCAAAGCCUAAGCUGCUUAAGCAGUUAAUUAAGUUGAAGUGGGACUGUACUGCAAACAAAGUCAGGAGAAUUCCCAGCCCAGGUGAGAACUUGAUUCUUGGAGAUUCCCUUUGAAGUGCAGCCCCCCUCUGAAACUCGAUUAACCCUUUGGCUUUGAAUCCCUCUGGUGUUUAUCAGGCUUAUCCAGUGGUGUUUUGUAAGGAAUAUACAAGCCCAAGCAAGGCUGGGCAUAAAUAUCAGGGCUUCCUCGGCUGAGUAGCAUUCAGGAGCUUUGCAUUAAGAGUGCAGCAUCACUGGAACAUGAGGAGCCUAGCAGUGAAGAUGCUGUCCCCCUGCCUUGUCAUUGCACUUUCCUUCAGCCUUGCCUUUGCUGGGGUGCUCAACAGGCAAGGAGACCGGAGGAAUCUCUUCACUGACAGAGGCUGCUGUAAGAGACACAGCCACUUCAUUUAUGUGGGCCAAGAUAUCUCUGGCAGUCCUGUGAGUGUGGAUGUCGGGGUGUGCAGGUCACACUGCGGGGGCUCGCAGAGGAACCACGCCCCCUAUGGGUCAGGAUACUCCAAACACAUGUCUAUGCUGGACUUCCUCAGAACCAAGAAGCUGCGUGAACGCCCUGCCCCUGAGCUGUCAGCGGCUGCCGGUCUGGAGCCGUCCUGCCCGGCGGGGUCUGUGUGCGAGCCGACCGUAGUGCGAGUGGAGCGCGUCCUGCUGUUCGAGGGGCUGCGGGAGGUGGAGGUGAUUGACGAGUGCCGUUGCGAGGCAAGUCCCGGGCAGUGCGUACGCAUGCCAGCUCUCAAGACCUUCUUCUUUGAGACACCCUAUGAAACCGUCAUCGACACGGGCAAGUGCUCUAGCCCGGCCGUAACCACAGACGGCUUCUCGUGUGUCCCCACAAAGUUCCAGUCCGUGCUGGUGGAAAGCCCUAACAAGGUGGAGCUGGUGCAGGCAGUGGAGACGUGUGAGCUGAAGGAGAGGUGCUACAGGGUGCCCUAUCUGGAGUAUUACUACGAGACUGUCUACAGCUCCAGCGGAGUCAAGGAAGAGAAGCUCAAGGAAAUUGACGUGGGCAGAUGUCUGGGAGCCUGUUCCCCAGGAAAUCGCUGCCUGCUCAGGGAUUCCCGUCACAGUGAUCAGUGUCUGGUAUGGGCGGAGGGGUCUUCCAGCUCCUGCUCGCCCCAAGAAUACAAGAGCUUCACUUUCCGCAGUCGGAACGGCAUCAUCCGCACCGUGCUGGCCAUCAGCUCCUGCAAGUGCCAGUCAUGAAACCCCCCACCCGCUCGAGGUCAGAGCACAGCCUUCACCGGGACUCCCGCAGCAGCCACGCAAGCACAUAGACAGCAACCAGAGAAGAAACUUCCGUUGCGCAAUUCUAAAGACUUUUAACAACCACGCACACGACAGUUGCCUUAUAUGCAUGUGAUGUGUGGGAAUGUAUAGAGGGGUUCAUCUUCGACACGCUGUAGGAGUCAUGAUUGCAGAACAGGCUUUUUUUUUUUCAUUGAUAGUCAAGGCGAACUGGAUCAGCGUUGAUGAAUGCAUGGAUUGUUGUAUGCAGUGUGCAGGUGAUUCAUCGAAACGGGUUUGCGUGUUACUCACACUUAUAUAUGUCAAGGAGGAGCAGAAAACCGCAACUUGACGUAUUGCAUGUGCAAGAAACGCUACAAUUGUCUUUUUGAAUAAGGUGCACGUUUAUGUUCUGCCCACCAGGUGGUGGUGUGCUGCAGUUGAGAUCAAGGCAGUUAAUUAUGGAAUUAGGUGCUGUACCCGUCUGUUAAAAUAUGAUCAGCCAUUCGGUAAA